GUUAGUCUAACAGCAAGGUUAUAGCUUAAAUUCUAAGGCAACUUUAUUUUCUUGAUUAUUUUGUUUUGAAACAUAUUUUUAAAUUUAUUAAUUUUCUUAAGUGAAUCCCUUUUAAAAGGUUUACAUUUUUGAACAAAAUCUUUAUUUCUAUAUCCUUCUUAAAUUCUUUUUCAAAAUUUUUAAAACAAAACAAAUGUAUUGUAAAUAUACGAACUCCCAAUACAACCCUCACCCAUAUACCCCGAUUUCAACUACCCUCAUCGAGGGUAUCAAACGGACAGUGGCAUGAGAAGCCACGGCAAAUCCGUUGAAUAUUGGCAUUUUCUUUCAGAUCAGCGGUCGCUUCAUGAUAGCAAAAAAAUUGUUGGAAAAAACGACAAAAAAUAUAUCGGGAGAAAAGGUAGAAAAUAAAAACCUCAAAAGUUGAGCUGUCCACAUUUGUGUAACCAAAUAUGGGCAUACUAAUAGUUUUAGAAAAUUGGAGCCCUAGAAAUUGGAGCUGUCAAGUUUCGUUAAUAAAAAAAACAAAAUGAAUUUAAAUCCCACAACAAUAAAUAAUCAUCAGCACCAGAAUUUUUACCACGAUGCGGUAAAAAUUAAACCAAUAAUUUCAGAAGAAAAUGUCGACCCGAAAUUGGAUCUUAUCCUUAAUUCUUACGAAGAUGAUGAUGUCCAAUGCAUUGAGGAUAUAAUGCAGACUGUUAAUGAGGAAAUUCAAAUCAUUUCCGACUCGGACUCCGAUUCUGAUAUUGAGCUUGUCUCGGAGCUUAGAAAUGGAAAAUUACUCACGUACAAUCGAACCGAAAAGAAUCUGCUCUGUGAAUUACCUGAAAAUGGAGAAUCCCAUCCGGUUCAGAAAAACGGAAACAUUUUACAGGAAGCGGUGGCUCCCGAUAUCGGGAAAAACGAUGUGGCUGAAAGUCCGAAAUCCGAAAAAGGAGAUUCCGCUGCUUCCGGUACAGACAUCUCUGAUUUUCCGGAAAGCUCCGAUGAUUACACCGACGAUGAUAUGGAAUGUGAUGAGGACGACAGCAAUGACUUCUACCAGCAGAUGCCGAUUACAGUCGGACCCCUGCCCUCUAUGCCGCUCUAUGAUACAGAAUUCAAUUUACUUCAGGAAAUAGUUCCUUUUAAACCAAAAGAAGAGGUUAUAUCCGAGGGGGAAGCCGAUACGAAAUCCACCCAAAAGAAAUCCCGUCUCUUCGACAGUGAAUCGGAUUCCAAUGACAGUUUGGACGAGCUAAAGCGAAAGGCUGACGAUAAAGCCGUCUAUCCAGAGGUUUCUCGCCGGUCAAAUGGCAAGAAAUUCAAGUAUUGGGCAGCCAUGGCCAAGCGACCCAUUGACAGGGGAGAGAUUCCCGAAAAGGAAAUGCAGGCCAUCCUGAAGGAAGAGGAAAACCUGAAGAAGAAAACGAAAUCCGCCGAGGAUCAGAGUGAGGACUCAGAGGAAGAGGAUUCCGGCAAGGAGGACGCUAACCGUAAUGGCUUGGAUUUCUUCGAGGACAACGUACAGUUCCAAAUAGGUAUCACGACGAGCAGCAGGCUUCUAAUCGUCAAGGACGAGGCCGUGUUCCUGGAAUACGAGGCGUGUAUCAAGCAUCUCCAGCAGAUCAUUCAAAUAGCCCCAAGUUUUCAUAAAUAUGAGUUAUAUCUGCUAUUAUUUCCCCUGAUUGCCGUGACUUAUCUGCAAAUGAUGGCCAGCGAUAACUUUCCAAAAGCGAGGAUCUUCCUGAAUCGAUUUACCAGCCAACUGGAUGACUCCUUUUCCCCCAGAUUGUCCAAGCUCUUGAAUAUCUGCAGGCCAGCGGAUGUCCCCCAUAGGGCCAGGAAGCUGCUGGCCGGCUUUGAGAAGCUGGAGUUACACAUGUCCGGGGGAGCUUACAACCAGUUAUUGAAUCACAUGCAGGAUUGGACCCUUGCAGAGCAGAACAAGGUGCUCACUCAUUUCCAGAUCCGGAGGUACAGUGAGAAUGAUGAGCCGAAGCAGCGGUUUGGACCGGGACAGCCUCUUCUGGAGAUAGUUUACUGGGCUCCACCGGAUCCGUUGCACAAAAAGGAGUUUUCCACUCGACCCCUACUCCGAUCACGGCGAAGGAAGAACUGCUCGCUGCCGGAAAGGAAUAUUCACCUGCCGCCGAUCGGAAAGAUAUACACACCGACGCCCAAGAGAAUGGAUUUGCUGCGACGUAAGACCGACGAACAGUAUCGCAAGAAGCUGGAUCGGCAUAAUCUUCCUUCGGCGUACAUGUACACUACUCGAAAUGGCGAAGAGGUGGUUACCUGUGCCACCUUCUCGGAGAGCAUCGGAAUGCUGGCCGUGGGCACCCUUGGCUCCUGCAUACACAUCUUUUCGCUGAAUCCCUCGAAGUUGGUCCAACUGAAGUCGGCCAACUGGCUGAAGGCCCUCGACACGGGAACGCCGGGCAUUGACAAGGCAAUGCUGGAUCCCACCAAGAAGUACUCGCGGCGCAGCCUCCGGGGACACCAGGGAGCUGUCUAUAGGUUGUCCUUUAACCCGGAGGAUCGAUACAUGCUCAGCUGCUCGGAGGAUUGCAGUGUGCGGCUGUGGUGCCUGAUGUCCUGGAAUUGUAUGGUCAUAUAUCCCGGUCACCUCUCUCCGGUUUGCUGUGUGACCUAUGCCCCCAUGGGAUACUACUUUGCCACCGCCUCGGACGAUUGCACUGCCAGGAUAUGGGUGCAGGAUAACAAGCGACCAGUGCGGAUUCUCAAGGGACAUCUAGCUGAGCUGGAGGUGUGCCUAUUCCAUCCGAAUCGUCAUUACUUGGCCACAGGAUCGGCGGAUGCCACCGUACGGUUAUGGGAUCUACCCAAAGGUACACAGGUGCGUGUCUUUGCUGGCCACAAGGGAAGGAUCACAGUCCUAGCUUUCUCCCUUUGUGGUCGCUAUUUGGUCUCUGGCGGAGACGACAGUCUCAUCAUGAUCUGGGACAUUGCCAACGAGAGGUUAGUGCACUUUAUGAACCAUCACAAGUCGACCAUUAAUACGAUUCAAUUCUGUUUGGAUAAUAAUUUGCUGAUGGUCGGCGGACAGGAUUGUCAGUUGACGAUAUGGGACUUUAAGAAAAUUCUCCAUAACAUCAAGUCGACAAGGAAUCGGGGCGGGUUAAAGCAUUCAGGGAGUUUAAAAUCGAAGGAUUUUCUUCUAAAAUCCUAUUACAGCAAGGAUACACCCUUCUACACGAUUCGCAUAACCCGUCGGAAUCUUCUCCUGGCCUUCUGUGUGGCCGAACCCGUAACCCAGCCACAUAUACUAAAGGCCAGGGCACGACGUGAGUUUGCGAAGCGGAGAGUAGAGGAUAUUGAUGAGUGGAUGGAGUUUCUCAACUUGAUCAAAAUGAAGGCUGUUAUGACUGGUUAGAUUAGGUUUUUAGUUAG